AAGGUAAACAGCACAAAGUGGCAGGAUCAUGGCCACUAACUACAGUGCCAACCAGUAUGAGAAAGCUUUCUCACCCAAGUAUCUACAGAACUGGUCUCCCGCCAAGCCAACAAAAGAGAGAAUUUCUUCCCAUGAAGGCUACACUCAGAUUAUCGUCAAUGAUCGUGGUCAUCUGUUGCCGUCGGUGCCCCGUUCCAAGGCAAGUCCUUGGGGAUCUUUCAUGGGUACCUGGCAAAUGCCUCUGAAGAUACCCCCUGCUCGGGUGACCCUGACCUCCCGUACAAUUGCUGGUGCUGCCUCCCUCACCAAUUGGAUACAGAAAAAUCCUGAUUUGCUCAAGGCUUCCAACGGGCUGUGUCCUGAAAUCUUAGGCAAGCCUCAUGAUCCAGACGGUCAGAGAAAACUCGGGAAGCUUACCACAAAAACUGUACAACAAGCCUCGAGUCCAACCAUAAUUCCCAGCUCCCCAGCUGUAAAUCUCAAUUCCCCAGACCAACCCCAAAGCUCACACCCCUCUGCAGGUCACACUCCAGGUCCCCAAAGCCCAGCCAACUCUCUCAAGAGCCCACCAGGGAGCCCAUGCAUGCUGGAACACUGGGCAGGUCCUAACUCAGCUGCGGUCCAGAAAUACAAACCUGGAAUUCCAGAGGCACCAAGGGACCACACUGAGAAAACUUGUCUAGAGACUGAGUGA